CCUCACUGCCCAUACCUCAACUACGCAGCUCCGAAGCUGUCCCCUUCUGUUCCCAUCACCAACCCACCACGAAGAAAAACGGCACCCAACCCCGAUCCAUCACCAUCCCCCACCCCCUCACGUGUUGACGAUAGAGACCCGGCCAAUUGCACGCUUGACGACCCUUUACCUUUAAUACCCUCCACAGCUUCCGACCCCCCGCCACCAUGUCGACCCUUGAAGAGCUCGACGACCUCGAUCGUCACGACAAGAACGACAAGAGGGACGAUGGCGACAAGGACAACAAGGACAACAAGAAGCCUACCGGCGAGGGCGAUGCGGACAUGAAGGAUGCCGAGGAAGAGGAGGACAUCCUCGAUGACGAGAUCUUGAACCUUAGCACCCAGGACAUCCAGACCCGCAAACGCCUGCUCGAGAACGACUCAAGGAUCAUGCGCAGCGAGCUGCAACGGCUGACCCAUGAGAAGGCCACCAUGGGGGAGAAGAUCAAGGAGAACCACGACAAGAUCGCCAACAACCGGCAAUUACCUUACCUUGUCGGCAACGUCGUCGAACUUCUUGAUCUCGACCCGACUGCCGAGUCGUUGGAAGAGGGCGCCAACAUCGAUCUGGAUGCCACCCGUGUGGGCAAGUCCGCUGUCAUCAAGACGUCGACGAGACAAACCAUCUUCCUCCCGCUUAUCGGCCUGGUCGACCCCACGACCCUGAAGCCUGGUGACCUUAUCGGUGUCAACAAGGACUCGUACCUCAUCCUCGAUACGCUCCCGGCUGAGUACGACAGCAGAGUCAAGGCCAUGGAGGUGGACGAGAAGCCGACGGAGAAGUACACAGAUGUCGGCGGUCUGGACAAGCAGAUUGAGGAGCUGGUCGAGGCCAUUGUCUGGCCCAUGAAGGAAGCGGAGAGAUUCAAGAAGAUUGGCAUCAAGGCGCCAAAGGGCGCUUUGAUGUACGGCCCCCCCGGAACCGGAAAGACGCUCCUGGCCCGAGCCUGCGCAGCGCAAACCGACGCCACUUUCCUCAAGCUGGCCGGCCCCCAACUGGUGCAGAUGUUCAUCGGCGACGGCGCCAAGCUCGUGCGCGACUGCUUCGCCCUCGCCAAGGAGAAGGCGCCCGCCAUCAUCUUUAUCGACGAGCUGGACGCCGUCGGCACGAAGCGUUUCGACAGCGAGAAGAGCGGUGACAGAGAAGUACAGCGAACCAUGCUUGAGCUCCUCAACCAGCUCGACGGUUUCGCAUCAGACGACCGUAUCAAGGUUCUGGCCGCCACGAACCGUGUCGACGUCUUGGAUCCCGCGCUUCUCCGUUCCGGUCGUCUCGACCGAAAGAUCGAGUUCCCCCUGCCGAACGAGGAGGCUCGCGCCCAGAUUCUCAAGAUUCACUCUCGCAAGAUGAAGGUUGACCCCGCCGUCAACUGGGGCGAGUUGGCCCGCAGUACGGACGAGUUUGGAGGUGCCAUGCUCAAGGCUGUCUGUGUCGAGGCCGGCAUGAUUGCUCUGCGGAUGGGCAAGAACAAGAUCAGUCACGAACACUACGUGGACGCUAUUGCCGAGGUGCAAGCCAAGAAGAAGGACACGGUCAACUUCUACGCUUGAUCCAUUCGAAUAUCGGGUGACGCCGCUGGGUAUCCGGGGCUAUUGCUUCUGGCGGGAUUGGGAAUGCAUAGAGGAGUCGAAUGCGAUAGACAACAACUUUGUACGAUUACCACGGACACUUGAGCGGCCCUAUAGGAAUGGAAAGCAAGGUUGUCGAGACC